UUUCUGGCUCUCAUUUUUAAAAUUUCGCAGGGCCCGCGAAGAGUUCCCCAAUUCGUACUCGAAUCUUAACCCUAGGUCGAGCUUCAUGGAUCGGGGCAUGGUGGGCAAAGAUUCCAGAGGCUAUGAGGCUCAUCCUGUCUUAGGCAUGGAAUCUGUUGUUGCCACGGUGAGCGGUUACCACGGCACCGAGAAAUUCAAACUCAUCAAGCUUAUUGCUCAAACUGGUGCCAACUAUGUGGGAGCAAUGGAUAGGUUCACAACUCAUCUGGUUUGUUGGCGGUUUGAGGGAAGGAAAUUUGAUCUGGCGAGACGACUAGGAACAUGUAUAAUCAGUCAUCUCUGGUUCGAGGACUGUUUAAAGCAAGGGAAGCGCCUCCCGGAAGGCCCUUAUACCAUGCAGAGCGGGCAAGAAGCAGGGCCAAUAUCAUGGGAGAUGCCGUCUUCUUUAGACACUCGCCACAAGGAAAAAGCCCUUCUGAAAAAGAAAAGAAAAGCAUUAUCUGACAGGUCCAAUGCUUCAGAUUUUAGUGAAGAAGAUAAUAGUACAAGUUGCUUUGAUAUUUCAUGCUCAGACUGGUCAGAUUCUUCCCUAUUAAAAGAGGUUUCUGGGUUUGGCUUAACUGCCGGACCUGCUCGUAGAAGACGCCACCUCAUUAAGAAGGGUGCAUCACACAAUCCAAUAGACUUAGUCAUACUUGACUCUCACCUGGCAGAAAGACGCACCCCUCUUAAAGAUAACAAUUCUGCUUUUGUUGACUUAGAAGAUGUGGGCAACAUGUUUGUACGAUCAGCACGAGAAGUAAUCUCAGAAUUUCCAUCCCCUGUUUUUGAGGAAAGUAGAAGAGAAGCACGUGAACCAAAUGAGAACACAGGCGAGCAGGACAAUUUUAAUAUUUCAAUAAACUCAAGUCCUUCUUUCCCUGGAACUUCACAGACCGAUCAUGGCCAAUGUACUCGAGCAAAGGCUGAUUUUUGUAAUGUUGGAGAUAAUCAGAAUGAACUAUGUAAUAUAGAUGAUGAACAAGGUGAAGCAGCUGAUGAUGAACAAGGUGAAGCAGCUGACCAGGAAUUAAAUACAGGAUUGUCCUGUGUGAUAUGCUGGACAGAUUUUUCUUCAGUAAGGGGAGUUUUAGCAUGUGGACACCGAUUUUGUUACUCUUGCAUCCAAGGAUGGGCGGAUUGUAUGGCCUCGAAAGGCAAAGUGUCAACAUGUCCUCUUUGCAAAACCAGCUUCUCGCACAUCACAAAAUUUGAGGAUACUGCCUCUUAUGACCAAAAGAUCUAUUCACAAAGUAUUCCCUGUGGCCUGCCCAACACAGACACUUACAUGCUUUCCAGUAGCAUAUUUGACCAUCAUUGCACCUCGCACGCAGAAUCUGUUUGUUAUGAGUGCCACAAUCGUGAUCCUGAAGAUCUCCUUACCUGCUGCCAUAUCUGUCAAAACCAGUGGGUGCACUCUUGCUGUUUAGAUCCUCCUUUGAUUCCAUGGACAUGUGUUCGCUGCUCAGAUCUCCGCUCCUUGUAUCAGCGUUUCCAUUGAAUUAGACCUUCUUCAGGUAUUUGUCGCUUUGUCUGUAUCAAUGUAAUGUUUUGAGUUCUUUUGACGUUAAACUCUUAUGUUUUCAAUGUUACUGAUUACAAAUUUGUUUAAACAAGGGCAUGAUGAAGUUCUUUAACCA